CAAAUAAAACUUCUGCACUUUGUACUUAUGGUCUUUUCUUUAGCACGACUCUGAGAAAAUGACCAGGAAAACUAUCAAGUCCAUCCAAGAACUGGGAGAAUUCUUCAAAUACGGAGAUGCAAGGUCAAACAACGAAUUAUGGGGCCCAUUUAAUCGAAUUUUCAGAGUCUCAAUGAAAUCCAGCCGAAUGGAAAUACCAAAGAAGUUUGAAGCGAAACUGAGCCGGUGGUUUCAUCUGCCGGGUGAUGAACAUGAAGAACAGUCCAUCAAGAGAGCAGAGCUUCAAACAGUUGUGAGAGUAUUUGACAGAUGGACAUGCAACCAAACUUGUUUCAAUGCUGCAAGAGCUCUCAAACCACUCAACAAUGGCGAGGCAAAGCCUGUAAGCUGUGUCGAAGUGCCUGUAGGCUCCAAAGUGCCAGACUGUGACUUCUGUACUCCACUGGACUUCACUGCUGCAGAUCUGUGGGGUCGCUUGGAAAAUGACAGUGGCUUGACAGCUUCCAAUGUUGCCAAAUAUGAUGGACUACACAGUAUGGUUGUGUUUAAAGAACAUCCUCCAAGCCAUAUGGACAGGAUGAAGUUGUUUGAUGUUUUAGAGUUGUGUACCCAGUGGUUUGAAAUAACUCAUAAAAACAAUCCAGAGGCCAUCUAUCCAAUCAUGAACUGGAACUGUCGUGCCCGGGCAGGAGCAUCACAACACCAUGGGCAUUCACAUAUGCUCUUGGCAGAGAAUUUCCACUAUGGACAGUGGGAGGGUCUACGACAGGCUGCCAAGCUUUAUUCUCUAGAAAAUGCAGGCUUUAACUACUUUGACGAUCUAGUAUCAGCCCACAGAAACCUCGGACUUGCAAAAACCUUUGGAGAAGCUUGUGUGUUUGCCCAUUUAGUGCCGUUUUGUGGCUAUGAGUUCAAGGUGGUCUCAUGGAACUAUGAUGAUAAUUUCAAGCUGGCAGUUAGUGAAGCAGUCAAAGCUCUCAUUCAUACAUUUGGUUCUGAAUGCUUCAACUUGUGCAUUCACUUUCCUCCCCUUCAAAAUGGAAAACUUAGAGAAAGUGCAACAGUGGCAGAAAUAAAGAACAGAAGCUUAGAAACAGGAGAUGUUGCUAUGCCUUUCAUGGCUCAUCUUGUUGAUAGAGGAGGAGUGAAGAGUUCGUCAUCUGAUGUCUGCGGCAUGAGGAUUUAUGGAAGUGCCAUCGUUAACGAAGAUCCUUUUUCGAUUGCUCAGCAGUUGGGAUGGCAAGAAUGAACUUACUUGACACUUUUCAUUUCAGUUUUUAACAAUGUAUCAAUAAUGUAUUGAUGCAUCAGCCAAUCUUUUAUCUUUUAUGUUGUUUUGCUUUUUGUCAUAUGAACUUCAAAAUUGAUCAUCUCUUCUCCCAUUUACACCCUGGUUUGGGGGGGGGAGGGAACUUCCAAAAUAAAAAGGACAAGGGUGCUCAUCAGAAAUU